AUGAUAGUUAUCUCAUGGAAUGUAAGGGGCUUGAACAGCGGCCCUAGACAAAAGGCUGUUUGGGAUUUAGUUAGGAGUCAUUCUCCUGAUGUUCUCUUCCUUCAGGAGACUAAGCUUUCUGUGGAAUGCAUGAUGAGUAUUGCAUCUAAGCUGUGGAGGAAUGGUCUAUGUCAGUGUAUUGGAGCUCAGGGAUCUUCAGGGGGUGUGGCAUGUCUCUGGAACCCACGAAAGAUCCAACUUGUGUCCUGGAUUUCCUUUAAGUCCUCGUUAUCCCUGGUUGCUCUGUGCACUGAGUCGGGGGAAUCUGUUCUCUUUUCUAAUGUCUACGCUCCUAUUGACUUCCAAGCACUCAAUCUCAUGGAUAUCAAGCCUAGCAAUGGCCGCUUCACUUGGAAUAAUAGAAGGGAGGGUGACAGGUGCAUUGCUGAACGCUUAGACCGCUUCAUGGUUUCCUAUUUUUGGGUGGGUGGAUUGUGGUCUUCUAGUUCUGAAAUUUUGGAUUGGAGAGGCUCGGAUCAUUGGCCAAUAAAGCUUGUCAUUUCUUCAACUCAUCUGCCUCAGAAGCCACCUUUUAAGUUCCUGCUUAUGUGGCUUCGUGACCCGGACCUCUAUGGUUGUGUUGCCAAAUGGUGGCAGGUUGGCAGGCCGGCUUUUGGUACAACAAUGUAUGUUUUUGCUAAGCUUCUCCAGCAUGUCAAGUUUCAACUCAAACGGUGGAAUCGACAAUGCUUCGGUAACAUCUACCAGGCAAAACAUAAAGCUCAGGCUGAGUUGAAUGGCAUUACCAGAUUGAUUAGGGAGGAGGGAGUGUCUGAAUACUUGUUACGGGAAGAGGAGGGAGACAAGAACACUACCUUCUUUUUCAAUUCAGUAAAAGCCAGACAACAUGGUAAUGCUAUCUCAUCUUUGGUGACUGAUAGGGGAGAGGUUAUUUCUUCUACUCAGGGUAUCGCUGAUGAAGCAGUGCAGUAUUUUGCUUCUUUAUUUAGAGAGGAAGCACAGGGAGACCCUGUUGCAGAGGCCCAGGUCCUUUCCUGUAUCCCUUCUUUGGUCUCUUUGGAAAUGAAACAACAUCUUAUGAGUGUCAUAACUUUGGAGGAGUUAGAAAAAAUUGUUUUCCAGAUGAAAAAAGGUAAGGCUCCUGGUCCAGACGGUUUCCCGAUUGAGUUCUUCCAGGAAUUUUGGGACAUUAUCAAGUUUGAUUUAUUGGCAGUUGUUCAAGAAUCCCAGACGAAUAAACAAAUGCUCCGGGCCCUGAACUCUACCUUCUUAGCACUCAUUCCCAAGGGGGAGGGGGCUGACCGGUUAAGUCAAUUUCGACCUAUUUCUCUUUGCAACGUAACUUAUAAAAUUAUAUCUAAAUUGAUUGCUGAAAGGUUGAAAAAGUGGCUUACUAUGCUAAUCUUUGAAGAGCAAAGUGGCUUUGUGGAAGGUCGUCAGAUUUUGGAUGGGGUGGUGGUGGCUUCUGAGACUAUCCAUUCCAUGGCCGGCUCUAAAGCCAAAGCUAUGUUCAUCAAGCUGGAUAUGGCCAAGGCGUAUGACAGAGUUCGUUGGUCCUUCCUGCAGAAGGGUGACCCUCUUUCUCCUUACUUGUUUCUUCUUCUGGUGGAAGGUUUGGGUCGGUUGAUUAAAAGGAAUGUUGAAGGAGGCUUUAUUCAGGGCUGGCAGUGGGGAGAGGGUAUUCCUGUUCAGUCUCACCUACAGUUUGUGGAUGAUACAGCUUUGAUGGGUUUGGCUACUAUUAGGGAGGCUUCUAACAUGCGCAGAGUGCUGGAUGUCUACCAUGCUGCUUCUGGUCAGUUAAUUAAUGAGGGCAAGUCUUCAAUUUUUUUCUUUAACACUCCGCCUUCAAUUCAACGAAGAAUUGCUCAUAUUCUCAGGUUCCAAAUUGGAAGUCUUCCUUUGCUAUACCUUGGGAUCCCCAUCUCUACUGGCAGGCAGUCUAGGGAUUCCUGGCAGGGUAUUCUGGAUAAGUUCAAUGUCAAAGUGAACCACUGGACUCGUCGUUGGCUGUCCUUUGCUGGUCGGGUCCAGUUACUUCAAUCUGUGGUACAGGCUCUUCCCCUUUAUAGAUGUUUGAUUCAGGUGGCGCCGAUGAGCUUUGUUAAGAGCCUUGAUUCCUUAGCCAGACAAUUUUUAUGGGCUGGUAAUUUGUCAUCAACUAAGUGGAGCCUUAUUAAGUGGGAGACGGUUUGUAGUCCUAAAAGAUUUGGUGGUCUUGGAUUACGUCAAUCUUUGCUUUCUGGUACUGCUCUGGCAGCUAAAUUGUAUUGGCGAUGGUGUGUGGAACAGGAUCGAGUGUGGGCUAGGAUCUUGUCUCACAAGUAUUUUUUUGGGAUCCCCCAGCGUGAUAUCCCUCGUUAUAGCUUGGCAGGGAAAGGCUCGACAAUUUGGAAUACUCUCAAGAAGGGGGCUGCGCUCAUUAAGGGUGGUCUCUUCUGGAUUUCUGGGUGGACUAGGGUGUGUGACUUCAAGUCAUUUUCCCUUCAAGGGCAGGUAGUGGAAGCAAGAUGGAAGACUUCAAGGGAGUGGCCUAUUCUGGGGUUGGAAGUUGAGUGUGCUGAGCUUCAUAACAUCCUUUCGGGUCGUAGCUGUAGCGCCUUGAUGGAUAGUGAUGCGUUGGCCUGGUCCCCUAAUCCCAAAGGUACAUACACUGUGUCUUCUGGUUAUCAGGCGCUGCUCUCUCAACAAUUUGAUGGGGGGGAAGUCCAUUGGUGGAAGAGAGUCUGGAAUAAUUUCUCUUGGCCAAAAUGUAAUUGCUUUUCUUGGACUUUGGAUUGGAAUAGAUGCUUGACCUGGGACAAUAUUCAGAAGAGGGGUUUUGCUGGCCCUUCAAGGUGUGUUCUAUGUGGUGGGGAGGAGGAAGAUUCUCCACAUUUAUUCUUCUGCUGCCCAUUCACAUUGCAACUAUGGCACCUCUGGUGGGAUGCCUGGAAGAGUCAAUGCUUUCAUGCAUCCUCCCUAGCUGAGUUUUGGAUGAGACUGGGAAGGCCCCCUUCCUCGGCUCGCUUCUUGCAGGAUGUCUGGUAUGCUGGCCCUAUCUUUUUGCUAUGGCAAGUUUGGUUGGAAAGGAAUCGUAGAAUCUUUCGGGAUGAACAAUUGGGGUUUCAACAGGUUUGGACUCGAAUUAUGGGAAUGGUCCAGGAAACUGUGACAGCUAAGAGUGAGAUUAUUUUGCCGAUGGAGGAAGGCGAUGCGGAGAUAGUUAAUAGGUUUGGUAUACAGGGGAUAUCUCCAGCCUCAGCUUGUGCCAGGAGAGGUAGACGUGUGAAACAUAGAGUUCAAAGGAUGGGGAAAUGGCUCCCCCCUCCUGCUGGCUUUCUGAAAAUUAACACGGAUGGUUCUUCUAGGGGUAAUCCUGGUCCAGCUGGAAUUGGUGGGAUUGGUAGGGAUUCUUCUGGAUUGGUGGUCUUUAUCUUCUCGGCUAAUGAGGGGGUGCAGACUGUUAAUAGGAUGGAAGGCUUGGCUAUCCUAUAUGCUUUGAAGCAUGCUUAUGCCCUAGGGUGGCGGAAGGUGAUUUGUGAAGCUGACUCUCAAAUUCUGGUUAAUUUGCUCCUUCAGAGGAAGAUAUCUAAGGUUAGCUGGCAACUAUCUGUGUUAGUACAACAGAUAUUACAGGUUAGCUCUAUAAUGGAUUCGGUGUCGUUUACCCAUAUUCCAAGGGAGUGGAAUAGGGCAGCUGAUUGUCUGGCUAAAUGGGCGUCAGAAGAUGUUGAUGGUCGGAGGAUUGACGAGUGGGAGCAGUUUCCCUAUGAGCUAUGUCGGGAUUUGGAGAGGAUUCUUGUUGAAGAUGAAAGUGGUGUUGGGGAAUGA